ACAGGUGGAUUUGCUCUUGUAUUUCUUGUGAAGGCUACCAAUAAUGUGAAAUAUGCACUUAAGCGCAUGUUUGUGAACAAUGAACAUGACUUGAAUGUUUGCAAAAGAGAGAUACAAAUAGCAAGUAGUUUGAGUGGUCAUAAAAAUAUAAUUGGUUAUGUUGAUUCAAGUAUUAGUCAUGUACGUGAUGGUGUUUAUGAAGUAUUAUUAUUGAUGCAUUAUUGUAGAGGUCAUGUUUUGCAACUUAUGAAUGAAAGGCUACAUAUUGGGUUUUUUGAAGAAGAAAUAUUGCAAAUAUUUUGUGAUUUAUGUGAAGCUGUUUCACGCUUACAUCACUGUCAGACUCCAAUUAUUCAUAGAGAUUUAAAGGUUGAAAAUAUAUUACUCAGUGAUUCAGGUCAUUAUGUAUUAUGUGAUUUUGGUAGUGCAACAGCAAAAGUAUUAAACUCACAACUUCAAGGUGUAAAUACAGUAGAAGAAGAAAUUCAAAAGUAAGUAUU